GACACCAAGUUAAGUGUUGUGAAUUAGCCGAUCCAACUGCAGUGAAACUUAGUAGACGUAUAGACAACAGCCAGGUUGGAGAGACGUUUUCUACAAUAUUUUUGUUUGAAGAAAAUCAAGAUGACCAUACGGUAUUGUCUGUGAUUGGUAGACAAUGCUUAACUCCAGUAACAAGAUUUAAUGAAAUGAACAUACCUGAAGAAAAGUCUGGAACACAUGAAAUAUCAGAUAGUGACUUCGGGUUUGCAGAAGAUGAUUUAGAAUCCUAUGAAUCAACGCUUACGACUGAAAUAAGCAAAACAUGCAACACACAACAUAUACCAGAACGUAAUAACACACUACCAAAGCAAACUGAACGAAAACAUUUGCGAAGAUUAUCUACUCAAGAGGAGUUCAUAAAUUCCAUCGAUGAUAGCGAUACCGCAUCCGAUCGCUCCUCAGGAGAAUAUGUAGAUGUUCUAUUAGACAGAGAGGAAACACCGCCAUUACCAGAACGGACCUACAUUGACCCUCCUAUUGCACAAGAUGAUAUUCAGUCUAAAUAUGAUACUUAUGUAUCAGGUACAGAGCCGAUCAUAGCCGACGAAGGAGACAAUACAAAAUCCGAAAUCAGCAAUAAAGAACCAGAAAAACAAUCAGAGGUACCAAGUAUAAGUCGGCCAGAGGGUGAUCUCAGAUCCAUUACAAUGAUUGAGCUUGGAAAUCUGCUUAAAAAUGUUAAGCUUGGUAAAUUUGCCGAAAUAUGCUGUGAGGAACAAGUUGAUGGCGAUAUUUUCAUGGACAUGACUGAUGAAAUCCUGAAAGAGGAACCGUUUAGUUUGAAUCGGUUUCAAAUUUUGAAAGUGACAAAAUUAAAGGCUGGAUGGAAUCCGAAAUAAGAACAAUGACAUUUUUCAUUAUAUCUCUCAUAUCUUCUUGGUAGAGUUUGUGUGCACAAAUGGAAUUAAACAUGUGUACAAUAUGUUGCUAUCUGCUUUC